UGGUGAGCGGCCCAACGAAAAAAAAGAAAGCAAAUCACGGCGAGGAAACAAUAAACGCCUAACGAGAAGAAAUCUACUGUACCGGCGAGGAUAUGACCGGGAAAUCUUCUUCGACGGCGGCGACGAUAUCGAAGACGCCGUUUGUGACGGGAGAGAGAGUGGUAGUAGCAGUCGUGGUUUCUCGUGUCCUCUUCUCUCUCCCUCUAUCUCUUAUCUCCCAUGGCUUCUCCCUCUUCCUCCUCUGCCUCUCCGCCUUCCUCGUCGAGAUCCGCGCCGAGAGCUCUCCGUUUCUUCUCUCUCGUUUCAGCCCCAGGCUUGGGGCAUCUUCAGGGAUAUUGCUUGGAGCAGUAACACUUCCUGCUGUUAUGAUGUCUAAGUUGGUACAGCUUACAAGAGCUAUCUCAGUCCAUGAAGCUGAACAAGAUGAGCUCGCGCACGUGACAAUGCAGUACUGGGCAGCAUCGGCAAGCUGCUGCGCCAUACUAAUAUAUCUCUCGGUGAUUAUGUCACAGUCGAAGAAAGCUGAAUCUUCGUCGUCCUCAUCCGUUUGGCUUACAAGGGUUAGCUUGACUGGCACAGUUUUGUAUGGAGCAGCAUGCUUUGUUUCACUUUCCAUGAUAUCACACACUGGCUUGAACACGUCAUUAAAAGUGUUGUGGAUGUUAUUUCACGGCAUUGCUGCUGUGAAGUUGAUUCGACAUUUGCUUUGCACCUUCCCUUCUUGCGCCUCAAUUGGGGAAGCGCUUCUGGUGACCAGUGGUCUUGUUCUCUAUUUUGGCGACUUUCUGGCAUGCACAAUUGCGAAGAUUUUCGAGAAAUUGAUACCUGUGGAUCUUGUCUCAAUAAGCUAUGGAAUAAGGAGAACUGAAACCGGCAUAAUUGUACAGGGUCUACUAUUGGGCCUUCUACUUUUCCCGAUGGUGUUUAGAUUUGUUUUGCAUAUAUAUGAAAGCUCGUUACAAAAGAGAGACGGUCGACAAAGAAACUGCAGCGAUGCUGCAAAAUCCGUCUUAUUCUUUGUUUCACUUCUGUCUUUUAUGGCCGUGGCUGUUCCUUUUUGGAUGCAGUUUGUACACGAUUUCCACCAGCAUCCCAUCUUAUGGGUGCUCACAUUUGUCUUUUCUGAACCUCUGAAGAGACUUUCAUUAUGUAUCUACUGGGUUCUGUUGAUCGUUGUGUCUGUCUCACGAUUCUAUAACAUCUCGAGGAGUAGCAAGGUCGAGAGAAUCUUGCUCCGGAAGUAUUACCAUUUGAUGGCUGUUUUAAUGUUCUUGCCGGCUCUUGUCUUACAGCCUAAAUUUCUCGAUCUAGCAUUUGGUGCAGCAUUGGCCGUUUUCCUUGCAUUGGAGAUCAUUCGAAUAUGGAGAAUCCAGCCUCUGGGAGAGCCUUUACAUCAAUUCAUGAAUGCUUUCACAGACCAUCGUGACUCAGAGCUUCUGAUUGUCAGCCACUUCUCACUCUUGCUUGGGUGUGCCCUUCCAAUCUGGAUGUCUUCCGGGUUCAAUGACCGAGCUUUAUCCCCAUUUGCCGGAAUUCUCAGCCUCGGGAUCGGAGAUACAAUGGCAUCAAUGGUUGGUCAUAAGUAUGGGGUACUGAGAUGGAGCAAGACAGGAAAGAAAACGGUAGAAGGAACAGCAGCGGGAAUAACAUCGGUAAUGGCCGUGUGCUUUGUGCUGGUUCCAGUAUUAGCAUCAAUGGGUUAUAUACUAAGCCAAGGAUGGUGGUCGCUUCUUGUUGCGGUUACAGCCACGGGGAUGUUGGAAGCUUACACGGCGCAGUUAGACAACGCCUUUAUACCUCUUGUCUUCUACUCUCUCCUCUGCUUGUAGUAAGCUAAAACCUUUUAGUUGUUCUCUGUUAACUUAGUGUACAUAACACAGUAUCUUACUACUAACCACACCUCCUCUUGAGCUUUCACAUAUGAGGCAAAUAAAUUAUUGU